CGUAAAAGCGGACGCGCGCCGCGGCAGCCGGGGCGGCGGCGAGGACGGCGGCCACGGCAGCGGCCAAGGGGGCGGUGGCGAAGAGGGGGGUGCGGAGCGGGCGGAAGAGGCGUCUGUGUCGCUGCUUGGUUGCAGAGGAUCAUCGCUGGGAUCAACGACUAUCGUCUAUUCCACAAGAUGAGUAACAGCCACCCUCUUCGCCCCUUUACUGCAGUGGGGGAAAUUGAUCAUGUGCACAUUUUGUCUGAACAUAUUGGUGCCUUGUUGAUUGGGGAAGAAUAUGGCGACGUCACAUUUGUUGUGGAAAAGAAACGUUUUCCUGCCCACAGGGUAAUUUUAGCAGCCAGGUGCCAGUAUUUUCGAGCAUUAUUGUAUGGUGGAAUGCGAGAGUCUCAGCCUGAAGCAGAAAUUCCUCUCCAAGACACCACUGCAGAGGCAUUCACAAUGCUACUCAAAUAUAUCUACACUGGGCGGGCAACGCUGACAGAUGAGAAGGAGGAGGUGCUGCUGGACUUUUUGAGCCUGGCUCAUAAAUAUGGAUUUCCAGAGCUAGAGGAUUCUACCUCUGAGUAUCUCUGCACCAUACUUAACAUUCAGAAUGUCUGCAUGACUUUUGAUGUUGCCAGUCUCUACUCACUUCCCAAGUUAACUUGUAUGUGCUGCAUGUUUAUGGACAGGAAUGCUCAGGAAGUCCUCUCAAGUGAAGGUUUCCUCUCCCUUUCUAAGACAGCACUUUUAAACAUCGUGUUAAGAGAUUCAUUUGCAGCUCCUGAGAAAGAUAUUUUCCUAGCCUUAUUAAACUGGUGUAAACACAAUUCAAAGGAGAAUCAUGCUGAAAUCAUGCAGGCUGUGCGUUUACCUCUCAUGAGCCUCACAGAGCUUCUGAAUGUUGUGAGGCCUUCAGGACUGUUGUCUCCUGAUGCCAUCCUGGAUGCCAUUAAAGUGCGAUCUGAGAGCCGGGAUAUGGACCUCAAUUAUAGAGGCAUGCUCAUACCAGAAGAAAACAUUGCAACUAUGAAGUAUGGAGCCCAAGUUGUAAAGGGGGAGCUGAAAUCAGCCUUGUUAGAUGGUGAUACUCAAAAUUAUGAUUUGGAUCAUGGAUUUUCAAGGCACCCAAUUGAUGAUGACUGCCGUUCUGGCAUCGAGAUUAAGCUAGGUCAGCCAUCCAUUAUCAAUCAUGUACGGAUACUCUUGUGGGACCGAGAUAGCCGGUCUUACUCAUACUUCAUUGAAGUGUCAAUGGAUGAACUUGAUUGGGUCAGAGUGAUAGAUCAUUCACAAUAUUUGUGUCGUUCUUGGCAGAAAUUAUAUUUUCCAGCCCGUGUCUGCAGGUAUAUUCGAAUUGUUGGGACUCACAACACAGUGAACAAGAUUUUUCACAUUGUGGCUUUUGAAUGUAUGUUUACAAACAAAACCUUCACUCUUGAGAAGGGGCUGAUAGUUCCCAUGGAGAAUGUUGCAACAAUUGCUGAUUGUGCCAGCGUGAUUGAAGGAGUCAGUCGGAGCCGAAAUGCCUUGCUGAAUGGGGACACUAAGAAUUAUGACUGGGAUUCUGGCUACACAUGUCACCAGCUAGGAAGUGGUGCGAUUGUUGUUCAGUUGGCACAGCCAUACAUGAUUGGGUCAAUACGGUUACUACUUUGGGAUUGUGAUGAUCGAAGCUAUAGCUACUACGUUGAGGUUUCUACCAACCAGCAACAGUGGACCAUGGUUGCUGACAGAACUAAAGUCUCCUGCAAGUCCUGGCAGUCAGUAACUUUUGAAAGGCAGCCUGCCUCCUUCAUCCGUAUCGUUGGGACACACAACACAGCAAAUGAGGUGUUCCACUGUGUCCACUUUGAGUGUCCAGAGCAGCAGAGCAGCCAGAAGGAGGAAAAUAGCGAGGAAUCGGGGACAGGGGACACCAGCCUGGCCGGUCAGCAGCUCGACUCCCAUGCGCUGCGGGCGCCCAGUGGCAGCUCACUACCCUCCAGCCCAGGCUCCAACUCACGUUCCCCCAACCGGCAGCACCAAUAAAGGAGGCAGCGGGCCUGGUGUGACUCAGUGGGCUCGGGCGACGGCAGGAAACGGUCUCCUCCUUGAGCAGGGGGUCUUUGUUUGCCCCCACCCCUGCCCCUUUCCAGGGAGGAGCUGACCUAGCUGCAAAAGCAGACACCGAACAGGUUUUCUCCCAAGGACAGAAAGGGGCUGCUUUGUUCUUCUCAAUUUGUCCAAAUCAGGCUGGUCUCAAGGGGGAGAAAAAUGGGUCUUCAAUCUUCAUCAAGUCCACCAUUAACACCCUACCUCUCUAAUCUAGCCCAGGCGCAGGGAACAGGAGGAAGUCAUAGGCCUGUGUUGGAAUACAAAAAUGGCACGCGAGGCGGAGGAGAAAGCAUCAGGCCUUUGCUACCUGGAGGCACCCUUUAGGAAUGGGCCUCCACAGAGUGAUCAUUCUGCUGGAAUACAUUGCCCUGGCAACUAAAUGAUUUUUUAUUUCUUUUAGUUAUUCUCCAUUCAGUGAAUCAUAGGUGUUCCAGAUCUAUUUGAAAUGCUCAAACAGCAAAUCACUAGUUUUAAUCCCUUUUGAUGCUAUAAUUUUCCUUCCUUGGUUUUGAACGGUUCCGCUUAGGGGGACAGAGACCCAUCAUGCAUGUCUCCUAAAUGAGACACGGAUGCAGCUCAUCCUGGCACUUGGGCCACAGAGGAAGUUCCAUAAAUGCACACGAGCAAAUCAACCUGUGGACAAUGGAGUUAAUAGUCACUCAUGUGGCUGAGUUAUUCACCUGUCAUUCCUGACAUGGAUCCAGCCUUUAAGCUUGGGAGGCUGACAAGGAAAUAGUUACUAUGCCCGCUGCUAAUUCACUGUUCAGAAGUUCACGUAGAUAAACAUUUACAGAGUUCUGGCGUGGCCAAACCUGCUGGGGACUGCCGUGGCUUAGCUGCCCCUCCAGUUAUGUUUAGCGCAGCAUUGAAGAGGCAGCCACCUGCCCAUCAGCGUCAGGAACACAGAACUGGUACUCCGUGCUUCCCCCACACCACAGUACUCAACUGGGGAUUGAAAAAUAGCAGUUCUAAGAAGCUUUUCUCCUAAUCCUCAUCGAAAGGGCCUCAUCUGACGAUGGUGGCUUGAUCUGGCUCCGUCUCUGACUUAGUGAUUUCCAUUCCAGUGCUGCCUGCCCUGGGUAACUGCACACAUCAUUGCCUGCCCCUCUGCUGUUCCCAGAGCUCCGGCCUCUGUCGCCAUCAGCAUCAGCCUGGGAGUCUCCCCAGGACGGCAUGGCACGCGAGCAGCACCGCAGUCCUUGGGUCCUCGGCGCCAACCUGCAACCCUGAUCAGAGGAAGGUGAGGGCAUGGGAGUUUCCUUUCAGGUCUCUGGCUUCCAUCAGGGAGGAGGGAAGAGGCUGUGCCCUUCCUGGCUCUUGGCUGCACCACUGAGGACGCUCCGAGGGACAGCAUGCUCGCCCAUCCUUUGCACAGUGCCGGCCCCAAGCCCCACGGCCUUCCAGCGAGGACUUUCUGCUGGGCUCAUGCAGAGGCAGGGGACAGGUGCAUGGAAGAGCUCCCCACCCGACACACCAUUGUUUGAAAAUCACUGUUCUCUUUACUCACUUAAAAAAGUGUACAGGGCACACCUGUUCCUGGCAUAAUGCUCCAGCCUCGCAGAAGGGGCCAGGUGCCCUUCAUCUGGCUCUGGCUGCUUCUGACCUGGGCCCACGUCAUUGUUCACUUCCUCUGUGACCACCACUGGUCACGGUGCUCCCUGGCCCAGCCUCCGGCCCACCCAGCACCCCGGCCUCUCUCACGCCAGUCUGCUGCACCCAGCAAGCUUCCAGUCAGAAGCCAGGCUGAACGGCCCUCCUGCUUCAUCGGCUUGGUGUCUUCUUUUUUUUAAAGAACUGAAAUAUUCCCCAAGAAGCCUCAUGGCCUGAGACUCACAAUCAUCCGCCUGUAAUUUAUGAUAAAUGUCUGGGAGCAUUUACCAUUUGCGUCGUAUUUAUAGCCCUGAGCGGGGAGGGUGGAGGCGGCCCCACAGCCAGGAGCUACACACCUGUCCCCACUAGUGUCCCCUGCUUGACAGAGCCCCCUCAGCCUCCCCGAGGCUGUCACUGCAGCUUUGACAGCUGAGGAGUGCCGCCUUUGAAAGCCAGUGGACAGUCACUCCACUAGGGGGACGGCGCCAAAGCAGAGGCCCUGGCCCUGGCACAGAGGAGGCGUCACGAGGCGGGACAUGGGCUGGAGGGGCUGAGCAGCCUUCAGGGCAGGGACCAGGCCCUGGGUCGCUGGAGACGUUGAUAUUAGUCCAUCUGUCUGCUGCCAAAUUGUCUGCUCCCCACCAAGUGAGCCCCAGAGGUUUAUGUCCCAGGAAGGCGAGGGUGCCCAUCUGAGCGGAAUUGGGAGGGGAUGGCACCAGCUCGUCUCCCUCAGGGCCUUUGCCUCCCGGUGCUGCCCUGGUGGCUGCUCCUGGACCACAGCCCCUGAUGGCUACUGCUAGUCCUAAGUUUCUGGGUUUACCCCCAGCCCACAUCUCCCACCCGGGCCUGAGGGUGCGGCCAGUGCCCUGGUCCUAGCCACUACAGGAGUCAUUCUGAGACCUGCUGGAGGCCAUGGGGUCUUCCCAGGCCCCUCAAUCAGCUGCUUCCGGGGUCAGCAGGGCAGGGUGCUGCCAGUAAGGACCGCAGGGAGCACAGCCCGGCCGCCCAGGCUGGGGGAUACUGGAGCAGAGCUUUCAGGUCUGGGGGGCCUGACCUUUCCCCAAGGCGCUUCAGGCCGUGGGGCGCCCUCCACAGUGACCUUCAGAGAGGCUGCACCCCCUCGGAAGAACAGCGAGAAAUCUCUCCAUCACACUCUCCCUGGUCCUUACGUCCCUCAGGCCACCCUUCCCCACCCUCCAGUGCCUGGAGAAGCGAGAGACUGGCCAGGCAGCCUCUGGAGGGGCUCCAGGAAGCCAGGGGUCCUCAGGGCUAGGCCUGGAGCUCGGCCCAAGAGCUGCUUUUGCGAAGCCUGUCUCAAAUCCGGAUUCACCAGAGAACAAGAGCCUCCCAGCCUUUGGGGUUUCUGGGCCUGUAAAGAUGUGUGUACCUCCCAGGCCACUCUGAUGCAAGGGCAGGGACCAUGCCAGGCCUGGGUUGGGAAUGGCUCUGUGACUCCAGAAGCUCCGUCUAAAACUCCAAAGAUGCCCAAAAGGCUGUGCUGCUGUGUGGAAUGUGUAUUAUUUGUGAGCACGAUGCAGCUUCUUCCUCAUUUUGCAGAGCAACCUAAGCGGGCAGAUGUACAAACCCUGUGUUCAAAAACCCUAAGUCCAUGUGUGUGAAAAUGCAGGUUUUCUCUUAGAAAUAAAGUGGUGACUUGUGCUGUA